AUGCCUCCCUCCCAACCCAAGUCAUUCAAAGGCAGUAGUACGAAGGCCUACAACGGAAGCCAGAACUUAGACCACGCUGAUAUAUCUUUCAAAGAAAAAGAUUCCAAACCCAAAACGUCUUUCCCACAGACCCCUGCAGAGAAACAACAAGACUUUGCUGGUAUUGGCCUCGGAGCUGAAUCGACUUGGCAUAAGCGUUGA